AUGGGACAUAACGAAGAUCUCAUGUGCACAUUCGAGCAGGCCAACCAGGUAUUUCUCCGAAGAAACGUGGAAUUAAACCAUUUUCAGAAUUGCCGCCUUGUCUGUAAUAGCUAUGUAAAGGCCCGAAACGAUCUCCUACAACAACAAACUAGAUUCAGUCAGCUGCAAAAAGAAUUGCAAGGUAGGCUUUUAAGUCUUUUUUACCAUUUCUCAAGAGUGUUACCUUAAUGUUCACACUUGAAGGCCUCCAAUCCAUAUUGACAAUGGAAGUCGAUUCAUCCUUUGGAUCAGAAUUACAAACCCUCCAAACCAAUGUGGUUGCACUUGAUUCAAAUAUUCGCAAGUUGGAAGAGCAUCUUUUUACAUUACUCGAAUCUACAACUGUAAUUAUGCAAAGAGUAAUUCAUACCCUGGUAGCAGAUAAUCUAGUGAUCUGGCUGAUUAAACAAAAGGAAUUGACUUGUGGCCCCAGAUCUGUACAGCAAGAGCAUUACCAAAAACUGGAUGAAAUUGAGAUACAGUGAGCCCGGUGCCACUAAUUAAUUUUAUCUCUUAGAUUUGAGAAAUGCGGUGUAGAGAUUGUGGCCAUGAUGACAACCCUGGGAAGUCUUAUUUCUUUGUUGAAUUCUGAGAAUCCUCUGCUUCCGAGGCUUCUCAAGUGCAAGGCUGAUGUCGUUCAGAAUGUCCGACAGUUUAUUUGGCAGAGCCUGGUAAUCUCCAUCCAACCUCCAGCUGUUCUUGUGAAAUGCCGAGGCAGUGACAGUCAUCGUUCUACCAGAUUCCCUUGUCGAACGGAGGUCAGACUUCUGGGAGGUGAAGCGAUUGGAGCCCGGAAGCAUCCCAGUCAAGUAAAAGUGGAUCUGAUAAGUGAAGAAACUGCCAAAAAGAUCCAAAGGAAUCCCGCUCAACCAGCCGUCACUGACCCCACGUUCCAUCUUAUUUACAAUGACAGCGCAUUCCAAGUUGGAACCGCUGAGGGACUGAAUACCAAUUACCCUUAUAGAGCUUGUUUUGAGAAAAUUGUAAGCUCCGAACCUGACUCUGACUUUCUUUCAGAGAUUAGUAGAGUCGAUUCAGAAGAGAACAGCAGCAGAUGCUGGAUUCGACGAGAAAAAAGGGACCAGGAGAUCAAAGGUAUCCUCCCUUAGAUACUACCUGGCCUUCCAUCUUCACAUCGGUCCUUUUCUGGAGUCUUUUUUGGGACCUUCUGAAAUGGUUACAGUUAAUGGAUACAAGUUAUCGUUGCCGGUGGCGGCCUUGGUUCACUCUUCCUUGGAAGCCGAGGCUUCGCUCUUCUGGAAUCGCUUCUUCGCCGAAGGGGUUGGAGUGUAGAUUAAAGUAAAAAAUCACGUUUUAGACUGGCAUUUUAUCUCACGUUCCCGAAACAGUGACUUGGGAGAGUGCUAAAAAGGCCUUAGGGAUGAAAUGGGGAGCCUUAAUUCAAGAACCCCAGGAUGUCAGAGAUCUGAACGUAGAUCUUCCCGAGCCCGUGUCUCUCUCGCCUCAGAAUCUGGAGCACUUGGGAAGACGUCUGGAAGUGGAGGAUGGCCUUUUAUGUCGGAAGAACUUCUUUAACAAAACUAUUUCCCAUAAGGAGAACAAGGAUGGGAGUCCCUUGCCUUGUGUCUUCUUCGAAUGGUUUUACAAAUGUGCCAACGUAGUUAACAAGUACAUGUACGAGCAAUGGCAAGACGGGUAAGAAAUUCGAAGCGGUUUAAAAUUUCGCAAAGAUCUCAAUUUUGAAGAACCGCUCUUUGGUCCCAAUAUGUAAAAUAAUUUUAGGCUGAUCGAAGGUUUCUGCUCUAAAGAGCAAUCUGAAAACGCGUUGAAUUCGGUAAUGUCCCCAACAAUGUUGAUACGAUUCUCGGAUAUGAGAAUUGGAUUCCUGAAGAUCAGUUGUAAACUCCCAGGAAAUCAGAUUGUUCAUUACGAAACCGAAGCCGACAAAAUGCCCGUAGGCACUACGAUAGCAGACGCCAUUUAUUCGAAUCCUACCUUUUCUUACAUUAAGAAUAUUUAUCCAAACAGAGUAAGUUGUUGGACCACACUAGCCCCCGGGCCCCCACGGGCCGGAGGGCUCGACUCGGCCCGUUUCAAAUUUUCCUCAUUUUGAAAAUCCCCAUAAAUACCAGAAAAAUUCCCACGAAAUGGGAAUUUGUUACUUUUUAAAACACGAUUUUUCUAAAAGUCGAGCGCAGGUCGAAAAAUAAAACUGCUCCAAUUUUCUUUAAACUUGGAAAACUGUAGCUACGUACCAUUCUAAGAAACUUUCCCGUUAACUUUUUUUCGAAAUCUUACUGUACUUUGGGUUACGGUAACAUGACUCAUUUUGUCAUAACUCGGGAACCAGAUGUCGUAGCGAGACGGGAUCUUUACCAGUGUGUUCAGUGUGCCGAAAGAUGGCUUUUUGUUAGCUACACCAAGUUUCUAGGACCCCGGGAAGUGGCAAAAAAAUUUGAAUAUUUAUGCAAAAAUUCAAAAAUAUGCAAAUUUCUCUAAAAUUUAACCAAAAUUAUGCUCAUUUUUAUUUCAUAUUUUGAAAGUAGAGGUCAUAGCGGUUUCAACGGUGUAAAAAACUUGAACGUGCGAACCGAGCUGUCUGAGAACGGGCUGUUUGAAGUUGGGGCACCCAGUCACGAAUGAGCAAAAAAUCGGAGUAAACCGCAUAAAAUCGUUGUUAAAUGGCAAGAAUGGAAAGUAAAUUUUGUUAUUACAUCGUAUCGGUCACAAUAGAGGAUUUCCCACAUAAUUUUCAUAAAUUUGCAUAUUUUGGAAUUACUUGCAUUUAUUGUCAAAAUGUUGUAAAAAUAUACCUUAAUGAAGGAUUUGGGAAAAAAUAUUGUUCGCUUUUGCUUAGUACCUUCCAACAGUCAUUUUAAUGUAAAAAACUCAAAAUCGAUUUUUGCCAUGUCCACGCCUAUCUGGCGGCUGAUGCACCCGUAAAUGCAAGAAAUUCCAAAAUAUGCAAAUUUAUGAAAAUUAUGUGGAAAAUCUUCUAUUGUGACCGAUACAAUGUAAUAACAAAAUUUACUUUCCAUUCUUGCCGUUUAACAAUGAUUUUAUACAGUUUACCCCGAUUUUUUGCUCAUUCAUGACUGGGUGCCCCAACUUCAAACAGCCCGUUCUCAGACAGCUCGGUUCGCACGUUCAAGUUUUUUACACCAUUGAAACCGCUAUGACCUCUACUUUCAAAAUAUGAAAUAAAAAUGAGCAUAAUUUUGGUUAAAUUUUCGAGAAAUUUGCAUAUUUUUGAAUUUUUGCAUAAAUAUUCAAAUUUUUUUGCCACUUCCCGGGGUCCUAGAAACUUGGUGUAGCUAACAAAAAGCCAUCUUUCGGCACGCUGAACACACUGGUAAAGACCCCGUCUCGCUACGACAUCUGGUUCCCGAGUUAUGACAAAAUGAGUCAUGUUACCGUAACCCAAAGUACAGUAAGAUUUCGAAAAAAAGUUAACGGGAAAGUUUGUUAGAAUGGUACGUAGCUACAGUUUUCCAAGUGUAAAGAAAAAUGAAGCAGUUUGAUUUUUCGUGUAGCCAGGGCUCUCCAAGCUUAGAAAAAACGUGUUUUAACAGUAUUACUUCAAAAAAAGUAAACAAUACACAAAAUAAACAUUUUUUGCAAAGGAUCAGGGGUGCUGAGGAUAUUUGUAAUGAUUUCAGAAAUCUGUCCAUAAAGGUUUGGACCGAAUUUUUCUUCAUUUCUUUAAUUUUAAUACUCCAAUUUAUCUUUUUGCUAGUAAGCGCAAUUGCCGACCCGUUUCAAAUUUACUUGGGGCCGGCCCGGGAUCUAUGUCUAAACCGCACUCGCAUACAGUAAUAUUUUUUGCAGGAUGUGUCGAUGUUAUGGCAGAAUAGAAAUAAAAGAAAUAAUGACGAGAAAAUGCAUGCCGGUUGGAAUUCUGCAAUGCCUCCAGGGUACUUUGACACCGUUUACCAACUGGAGAGUAAACCUGUUGCUGCGUUAUUAGAUUAG